GACUCUUGUUUAUUUCAUAAUGAAGAGCCUGAUGCAAACCCUUGAGGGUCUAUAUGCUCCAAUCAAAACUCCACCAAUGCCCUGUGAUCUCUGCCUACAGAAAUCUUAAAGUGCUAAAUAAAAAUAAAAAAUAAAAAAUAUAUAAAAAGUAAAAAAAAAAAAAAAGUAUACAUAUAGUUGAAGGAAACGGAAAAAUAGCCAAGUCAUGGAUGAUUCCAACAGCAGUAGCUUGGCGGCGGGCGUGGCAUGCACGGUGAGCCUGGACCCCCUCUCCAAGAGCGCCCCGGACCCCUUCAUGGGCAAUUACGACGCGGACUACGAGGUGGCGCCGGACGAGCUGCCGGACACCACGCAGGGGCGCGCCUUUUUCGUGGCCACCAUCGUGAUCGGCGUGGUCCUCAUCUGCAUCAUCCUGGUCUGCGGCGUGGGCAACUUCCUGUUCAUCGCCACCCUGGCGCGCUACAAGAAGCUGAGGAACCUCACCAACCUCCUCAUCGCCAACCUGGCCAUCUCGGACUUCCUGGUGGCCAUCGUGUGCUGCCCCUUCCUGGUGGAUUACUACGUGGUGAAGCAGCUGUCCUGGGACCACGGGCUGGUGCUGUGCGCCUCCAUAAACUACCUCAGGACCGUGUCACUGUACGUGUCCACCAAUGCACUGCUGGCCAUCGCUGUCGACAGGUACAUGGCCAUAGUCCAUCCUCUGAGGCCGCGCAUGAAGUACCAGACGGCCUACUGCCUGAUCACGGGGGUGUGGAUCGUGCCUGUCCUCAUCUCCAUCCCCUCGGCCUACUUCGCCUCGGAGACCAUGUACCCGCACGGCCCCACCCGCAGCAAGAUCUUCUGCGCCCAGAUCUGGCCCGUGGACCAGCAGCUCUACUACCGCUCCUACUUCCUGUUCGUCUUCGGCGUGGAGUUCGUGGGGCCCGUGCUGACCAUGGCGCUGUGCUACGCCCGGAUCUCGCGGGAGCUGUGGUUCAAGAGCGUGCCGGGCUUCCAGACGGAGCAGAUCCGGAAGCGGCUGCGCUGCCGCAGGAAGACCGUGAUGGUGCUCAUCGGCAUCCUCACCGCCUACUUCCUGUGCUGGGCGCCGUACUACGGCUUCGCCAUCCUGCGCGACUUCCACCCCACCGUCAUCUCCCGCCAGCGGCACUCGCUGGUGGCCUUCUACAUCGUGGAGUGCAUCGCCAUGAGCAACAGCAUGAUCAACACGCUGUGCUUCGUCAGCGUCAAGAACAACACCGUCAAGCACCUGCGCAAGAUCGUCCUGCUCCGCUGGAGGUCCAGCUACGCCCCGCCCGGCAAGGCCGCGGACGAGGCCGAGGGCCGGACGUCCUCCAUGCGGGUGACGGAGGAGGUGGACUGCAUACGUCUGCGGUAGGACGGGGGGGGGGGGGGGGGAGCUUGAUCCCCAUUUCCCCGACCCCCGCACUCUCUCUCCGACCUUUCGUACGAGGCAGAGACCGUUUCCUUACGCCGCAGGGAGACGAGGAGGACCGUGUCCGAAUCAGCGCACUUGCCUCACUGUCGAGUUAAGCCGUUGAGGAUGGACGUGUGAGAAAGUCGUUGAGUCAUCGAAAUUUUCUCUAAAUGUAGUGUGCUCAAAAUCCCAGGAUGACGUGCUUAUUUCCCGGGGUUUUUGCCGAGUGUGUUCGGGGAGCGUACGUCGCCGCCAUUUUCCUUCAACAGCAGCGACAACAAUGUGUGAGGGUGGCCGUGCAAGGGCGGAACCUCUUACGACACUUCCACACUACGACUGGAAAACACGAGAGAGGAUAUUUUUUCGCAUACUGUCCAUGGCAUACUAAAACAGUACGUGCUAAAACAGUACGCGGUGCACAGACUUUGAGGACGCAGUGAGGUGGCUGAUUCGGACACAGCCAUGGUUUGAC